CGCUGGAAGAACACGAAGACGACGGGAGUGCGGGGUGGCGUCGCCGCUGGAGCACCAGCUGUAGCCGCCGGCUAGGCCUCCGCGCCGCUCUCCGUGGCCAACGCGCCGUCAUGCUUGCGGCGUCGGCGCGGCGGCUGUCCGCCGCCGCCUCGUUUUCCUCUUCUUCCAUGCGCUCCAGCCAGCUCGCCGCCGUACUGAACCAACAGAGGUGGAUGCACGACAGGAACAAGAAGGCGAUGGAGCUGGUGGCCAAGGGAUGGAGUGCGCUCCAGGAGGUCGACCGCGUCAUCGACUACGCCGAUCUCAACGACAAGCGCCUCAUCCCGCUUCUAAGGGGCGCUAAGGAAAACUUUGAGCUGGCUUUGGAGAUUGACAAUGGUAAUACACAUGCGAGGUAUUGGCUGGGAAAAAUGCAUUUCAAGUAUCAUGUUCCUGGUGCUUGCAAGGCAGUUGGUGCUGCUUUGUUGGUUGAAGCUGCAAAUAUGGGUGAUCCAGAUGCACAGUAUGAACUUGGAUGUCGACUAAGAAUUGAGAAUGACUAUGUUCAGUCGGAUCAACAGGCUUUCCAUUACAUUGAGCAAGCUGUUGAUCAGCUGCACCCUGGUGCUUUAUAUCUUCUCGGUGCUGUAUAUCUAACUGGGGACUGUGUUAAGAGAGAUAUGGCUUCCGCGUUGUGGUGUUUUCAUAGAGCUUCAGAAAAGGGACAUGCUGGUGCAGCUAUCGCAUAUGGAUCCUUGCUUCUUAAAGGUGCUGAAAUACCUGAAGUUAUUACAAGGUUCAACUCAGGCAAGAGUCCAUCAACUGGGAAAAUGCGGAAAAGGACCCAACAGCAGGAUCCAGUAAAGCUAGCGAAAGAACAGUUUCAAAUUGCAGCUGAGGCAGGCUGUGAUCUCGGUCUGCGGUGGUUGAAGAGGCUUGAAGCUUAUGAAAACCAAGAAGAAAAGCUAAAGCAGGUUCAGCAAUGAUAUCCACUGAAAGAAUCCCAUUGCAUUUGUCGCAUACAAGUAUGGUAUAUGGCAGCAUGGUUGCUGCACAUAGGUAUACCAAUAAUUUCCUUUCCUGCCUUCAUUAUGUUGGAGGCUAUUCGAUCCUCGGAUGUUCGGGUCAACUUUGCAGGAAGAUAUACUGAAAUUUGGAUAUUUAGACUAACUUCUUGGAUUAUAGGCGAUUGGAUGUUCACUUUGUACGAUGUAUUAGCGUUGACAUUACUGGAAGCCCUAAUUGUGAGAAGUAGAAACAUAUCAUGUGUGUUGCUACGGGCAUUAUGGAUGAUUUAGAAUAAAAUUAGACUAUAUAACUACUU